CGUCACUUUCACUUGCAUGUCAUCAAUCUUACAUGAAGCUCUAUCCUACUUCAUUAGAUAUGGCUUCAAAUGAGCUCGAGCUCUCGCCUUCUGAUGUCACCUUUCUUGAUACUUUCAAGGAAGGUGAGAGCUCGAUGAUUUUCAGAGUCGCUGUGCACGGAAUGGACUGUGUUAUGAAAGUGUUUCAUGAAUAUACUAGGAAGGAGUGGGAUGAUCCAGAUAUUGAAAUCAGCAUGUGCAUGCGCGAGGUGACGUCCUACGAACGCUUAAAAGCAAAGGGACUCUGCGCGCGAGGAGUGAUCCCUGAUUACUACGGCUACUUGACCUUAACGGGCCUGACACUGUGGCCUGAUUUGCACAUGUUCACUGACGACGAGCUGCCUCCAAAAGCGAUCCUGAUUGAGUACGUCCCCGGCAUGAAACAACUUGAACUCAUCAACUACACCAAGUCAAGGGCGGAGACGUUGCGGAACGUUCUGUUCGAGAUCAACGCGGCGAUGAUAUUGCACGGUGACAUUGCCCCGAGGAAUAUGAUGGUCUGCUCCGGAGACACGGAUCGAGUGCUUUGGAUUGACUUCGAUUUGGCGAUGGUGUUUCCGGAGAACAAGCCCCUGACAGAAAGGCAGAAAGAGUGGUUUGAGGAUGAGGCUGCCUUGAUAAAUGAGCUUGUGGACGGCCUGGCCCAGGACGCUGUGGAAGGGAAGCUUCAUAAGGCAUUUCCUUACUACUAUUACGGGACGUACACCUAUUGGAAGCGGGUCAAGAUGGGACUACCAGGCUGGCCAGAACCAGUAUUGCCAGCCCCUGGCCAAGAUGAUGAAGAUAUCAAAGACAUCGAAGACAUCGAAAAUAGCGAAGACAAAAAAGGCAACGAAGACAAUCAGUUAUCGAAACCGUGGGCCAGGCUCUCAGGAUUUGAUUCGAUGACGACCAUUCCUCUCUGACGAUGCAAUCCAUUCAGCGCCUAUCGGUUAUGACUGCGAGGGAUUGGGACGGGGCCUACCUCAGCAGAAAUGAGGACUGAAAGGUACUUGUUUUGUUCUCAUGCACCUUUCGUCUUCCCUUCGCCGAAUUCUGUUGUUGUGAUGUACAGCGGUAAUGAACUA